AGAAGAGAAGAACCGUCCGAAGAAUCUCCGAGUGUCCCCGAGUGUCCCCGAGUGUCCCCGAGUGUCCCCGAGUGUCCCCGAGUGUCCCCCGAGUGUCCCCGAGUGUCCCCGAGUGUCCCCGGGCGUCCACGAGUGUCUGAAGUUCCAGGACUUUUGGAGGAGUCUGUCCCCGGGUCCUGGAGCGGUGUGUCCCCGGGUCCUGGAGCGGUGUGUCCCCGGGUCCUGGAGGAGUGUGUCCCCGGGUCCUGGAGGAGUGUGUCCCCGGGUCCUGGAGGAGUGUGUCCCCGGGUCCUGGAGCGGUGUGUCCCGGGUCAGAGAUGAGCGGUUGGGCGGGUUUCUCAGACGCGGAGCUCCGGCGGCUCCAGCAGACUCCCGACCCGGCGGUUCCGGUGUCAGGUCGAGGGCGUAAACCGGGUCCUGUGACCAGAACCCGGCAGCAGAUCCAGAGGGAACAGGCCCUGCUCAGGUCCAAGUCCGAGUCCGGGUCCGGUCCACUUCCACCGGACCAGCAGCUCAGCCAGACCAAACCCCAGCCCAAAACACAACCAGGACCAGGUACAAGGACCAGACCGGAGACCAGACCGGAGACCAGACCCGAGACCAGACCGGAGACCAGACCGGAGACCAGACCCGAGACCAGACCGGAGACCAGACCCGAGAUCAGACCCGAGACCAGACCGGAGACCAGACCCGAGACCAGACCCGAGACCAGACCCGAGACAAACGGAGAUCUGACAAUGGCCGAACUGAAAAAGCCUGAGGAGGAACCUGAAGCGGCUCCGGUUUUAAAAGAGCUGGAGAAACAAGAAGUCGAACUGCGCGAGCGCAGUCGUCUGGAGCUGCUGCAGAUCCAACAGAAGGAGAUGGAGGAAAAGAACAAGAGGAAGAAAGCUCUGCUCGCCAAGACCAUCGCAGAGAAGUCCAAACAGACUCGAGCAGAGACCAUGAAGCUCCAGAGGAUCCAGAAGGAGCUGCAGACUCUGGACGACAUGGUGUCCAACGACAUCUCCAUCCUCCGAGGACGAAUCGAGCAGGCCAGCUGGGACUACACUACUGCAAGGAAGCGUUACGAAAAAGCUGAAGCCGAGUUUGUCGCGGCGAAGUUGGAGCUUCAUAAGAAAACGGAGCUGAAGGAGCAGCUGACGGAACAUCUGUGCGCCAUCAUCCAGCAGAACGAACUCCGCAAGGCCCAGAAGCUCGAGGAGCUCAUGGCCCGACUGGAGCUGCAGGCCGACGACCACGAGGACGAGGAGAAGGACGAGGAGAAGGAGGAGAAAGAGGAGAAGAAAGAGGAAGAGGAGACGAAGGAGACGGAGGAGGAAACGGGGGAAGGAGACAAGGAGGACAAAGAAACGGAACAAGGAGCUAAGGAGGAGAACCUUUCCUCAUCGCCAGAACAAGAACCAAAACCCAAAGAUGGUGAAACAUCUGAAGCUCCAAACGAUUCAGAGAAACCCGAGCGUUCCUCAUCCUGAUGUUCGACUCCGGAUCGGGAAAUGUUCCAAAUGUUUCGGACGAUUCAUCUUCAGGAGAAACGAGAUGCUGCAGAUGAACCAGGAUCAGACCAAAGAUUCAGACGUGAACAUCUCCUCCUCCUCCUGAGUGGAACGUGCCUCUGACUGAAACUCUCUUCACACGGUCGUGUUGAAGAUCUGACACACUUCAGGGUUUUUCAGGUUUUAUUUUUGUCUUUCUGGUUGAGAAUCAUGACGUCAAACUGGGGAAUUCCAAAACUGUUACGGAGCAAACAUCUGGAACUGUGAGAACAAACCUCAAACUCCAAACUCCAAACUUCUCCCACUCCCACGUUUACAGGACCAGUUUAAUUCUGAAUUAAAUAGUUCAGAAGUCAUUUUUUUCCUUUGAGUUUACAUAAAAGUUUUAAUUCUGAAUUGAAGUUUCCAUGAAAAUCUCGUUAAAUCAUCUGCGGAUCAGGACGAGUUUUUCUGUUUUUUCAGUUUGAAUUCUUCGUGUCUUUCUGAAUCUCGACAGGACGGUUUCGGUUUCGCUGAAGUUCAGACUUUGUCCAUCGUCCAGUGAGUUGAGGAAAGUUUCACGGUUCAUCCUCCUGGUGUCACGAGUUUCUCUCUCGCUCCAAACUUUCUUUCUUUCUGCUGCUCGUUUUCUGUUUCCAGCUGCAGGUUUCACGACUCGCGGUUUGUAAAUCUACAGAAUCUGAGUUUGUUUUGGGGCGUUUGUCUUCAGUCUCUCACUCUUUGUCUUUAUAAGUUUAAAGUUUAAAUGUUCAAUAGUCGAGUGGUGCAGACUGGGGCUGGUAUCGUUAAGUUGCCGAUACGAUACACACCUCGAUACAGUGCACUUUUGAUUCGAUAUGAAAUAUUUCAAAUCGAUUCGAUACGGUUCAAUAAAAAAUAAAGGUUAAAUUGUGGCUGUGACACUAAAAGUCUUUGUUAAAUCACUUCUUGUUCAAAUAUUUUAAUCGUCAAAACAGUAAAAAUAUCAAAUGUGUCACAUAAAUGAGUUUCACUUUCACUAAACAAACAACAAAACUGUAGCUGGAACAAAAUAAUUUAGUAAAACAUGUAAAAAUACUCUGGUGAAAUAUCGAUACAGUAGCCCACGAUAUUGAUACUGUUUCAUCACAUUAAACGAUACGAUAUAUCGAUAUUCUGAUAUUUUUGCACACCUCUGGUGCAGACCAGGGAUGGGCAGGAUCCCAGAUUCACCUUUAGCCCGGGUAGGUUCUUCCAGUGGAUGUGAGCCGACCGAGCGUGUGCACCAGUGCUCUUUUCAACCACGAGCGCACGCCGACGCCAACGCCAACGCA